CGUUCGUUCUUCCGAUGAUGAGAUUUUCGCGUCCAAUUGUCAAACGGAAAGUUUUAGUUCGACAACGCGACCCGAACGAUUGGCGCCGACUUAGCGCACGCGACCGACGAGUUGGAAAAUCGCAAUUUCCGGUGAUCCGGCGAUUGUAUCCAAUCCUCCGAUAACGACAAGUAAACACUCAACAACGAAAAAGGGACCGGGCGGUCUCCGCAACGAUCGGUAGAAAAAGUGGCUUUGUGUAGUGAUUGAAACGACUUCGAAUUCCUCGACUGUUCUGCGACAAGUAGGAAGACAACGACGACGACCAAUUUCGAAAAUAAUUAACAUCCCAAAUCGACCUGAACUGUUUGAGUAUUGACGGCGCAAAGUUGAGAAGUCACCCAGAAGUGUAACACUUGGAGGAAGUGAAAUUUCGUGUGGAUGAAUUGCGCAGUACUUUUUGUGAGUAGUGAGACCCAGUACUAAGUCAGACGGUAAAAAUAAACGUGUGUCACACCGAGCGUGCUGCAGCUGCUUGACGAUCACCGUCGUCGUGUGUCCGUCGGUUUUCAUUGUUGGAGCAUGUGCUGGGAGCAUUCGUUCGGUGUCCAUGGAACUCGUCGAGCAUGCAAAAAAAAAACAAGCUACAGUAGCGUGACAUUUGGGAAGUUUAUUAUGCAGAAUUACAUCCCACCGUUUUCUCGUAGCUAGGAAACUUACGUCCAAUUAUAAAGCAUUGUUAAAUCUGAUGUUUUGUGAAGUGAACCUAUCAUAGUACGGAAGAUACAAUAUUGGCAAGUCGAAUAAAGUGUUUAGAGUAGAAUUGUGCUGUCGAAAAUGUGUGUUCGUGUCCUCAAUGGAAGAUCGAUGUCUUAAAUUUACAGAAACCCAACGAAGAUUAUAAGGUCAUAGGGUGCAAUUAUUUUCCACGGGGGAGUACUUUGUGAAAAUCUGAAUUCUCGUGCUUCUGCUUUCAUGAUACCAAGCAGAAAGGGUUCGUGAUAUGGAGUUCGUGUCAAUUAGCAACCACCAGUUUUUGAUUUUAGUUUUUGUUUAUUUAUGUUCCAAGAGCGCUGCUCUCGUAGACGGCCCGAAAAAUGUUAGCUAUGCGUCGCGAAAGUGAUCAAAUCUACAGCGGCAGUUCCAGCAGUGCGAUCAAUCACCACCACCAGAGUGGCAGCGGUAGUAGCUCCAGUGCUUACAAUCAACACUUGAUUCCGUCCCACGCCGUCGGGAGUGCCAGCGGUGGUCAUCUCACCAACAGUGCCCUUUCGGAUCAUUUGAACCAAGUCAGCAACAACAUAUGUAGUAGUGCCAGUGUAAUCAGUGUUUCAAGUGCCGUGAAUAGUGCGAACAGUGAAUCAAACGCGAGUUCGGUCGCAACUAAUGGUGGGUCCUCGGUGUCAACGGCGCCGUUCCACCAUCACCACCAUCACCAUAAUCAGUACCAUCAACAACAAGUACAGCAGCACAAUCAAACAGUUCCGCACCACCUACAGCAUCAUCCAAGUGUUGUUCACAACUUUAACGGCUUAGGUGGUGGAACCGCCUACGGAGGCUACUGCGGCUACGGAACGGGAAUAAACAACCGAUCCAACGUCAGUGCCAGUCUGGACGAGUACGUUGAUAUCCUUCAGGUACAGCAGCUUCUGUUGGAAAAUUCUUCCAACUCGUCAACCUCGGCCACACCAUCAGCUCCCAAUACAUCAUCUACAAUUAGCAGCAACAACCACAGCAGUGUUUCCUCUUCCUCCGGCUGCACUUCCUCCUCCACCACUACUACCCCAUCCACAUCCAUCUCAGCCAUCCCCGGUGGCAACUCCACUUCCACCACCAAUUCCUCGUCCGUAGCCAGUUCCCUGUUUAACGGGUCAUCGUCCAAAAGCCGACCCAAAGUAAACCUGCAGAAAGCUUCCGAGUAUUCCACGGCGGCGACAGCGGCAGCGAAUCAGCUCCAAGGCGAAUCACCGUCCAAGCGACUACUUUUCGAUUAUCCGAGUCCAUAUUUGUAUGGUAAUUAUCAUCCAUCGCCGAGUGACGAUCUGGUCGCUUUAUGGUUUGGAAGUAACGGAACAGGUGGCGUUGCCCCUGGACCACCAGCAGCUGCCAUGAUCAUGGAAGGGCUUGAAACCUUGGUUGCGCCUCCGCAUCACACAUUCCUCCUGACCGAAUCAGCGGCUGCGGCGCACUUUAACGUGCUCAGCUUCGACACCUGCGGACUGUUCAAGACAGCCGCCACGACGACAUCGUUGGGCCUCAACAACAACAACUCGACGACGCCCAACAACAAUCACCAUCACCUGUACCACCCAUAUCACCACCAGACCCACACGGCCGCCACUCAUCACUCUCAGACGGCCACUCAUCAUCACAGCCACCACCCGACAACGGCUCAAACGUCCACCGCCUCCUCCAACUCGACAUCGACGGCAGCCUCCUGCUCCACCUCCUCAUCCUCCAUCACAACACACACCACAUCCACCUCAACCUCUUCCACCAAUCCCAGCAACUCCCACCACCCGCACCUGAGCCUCCUGAGCACCACCUCCACCAGCGGUCAUCAUUCCUCGGACUCAAAUCUGCACCAGUCGGCCGAGGACCAGUCGCAAUCCCAAGGGGACGCUCAAACCGGCGAUCUCAACACCCCCGUCACAACCUCCGGCGACAUCCCGUCCUUCUUCGGACCGUCAACCGUCGUCGAACCACCACCCAUCACAGGAUCGAUCGAGUCGGACGAUCUCUCGCUGGAACCGCAAGCCGUGUCCAGCCCGUGUGCAAGCCUUUGCAGCCCGACGAAGCAGGAGCGCAGCACACCGCAGUCCGUGGUCAUCGAGGAAGAGACUAGCAACACCAGCAGCAACGCGAUGUAUCCCUCGUCAUCGUCGCAUCAUCAUACGGCGACCCAAUCGUCGCACCACAGCAACAGUGCCAGCCAGGAGAUGCAUCACGAUCACUCCACUGAGCACGAGGACAGCAAGAUCUCCUACAGGGGAAUCUUCACCACCACAGCUGGUCCCGGCAUGGGACUCCAAACGGCAACAGGAUCCCAACUGUCGAUCAUGUCCGGACAAAUGUCUCCAACGUCCGGUCUGAGCGGAUGGGGUCUCCCCAGUCCAGACAAGAGCCUAUUUCAGCCACCCAUGUUCGGACUGCUCGGCCCGGGCCCACAAAGCUCAGCCCAAGCUCACUUUGCCGUAACACAACAGUCCGCUGCUCAAACCCCGUCCCCAGCGGGUCAUCAUCAGCACUCCUCACACCACUACAGCACAGACGAACGAAGUCACCAAUCCGUUGAACUUCUGGGUCUAAACAUGGACUGUCCCAGUAUAAUUCUUAAGCAACCGCCCAGCUAUGCCAGUUGCGUUUCAUCGCUAGACAUGCAGCAACAGCAAGCCCAAGAAAUGCAUCAGUACUCCCGCAGCCAAGCGCUUGGCAUGGGUCAAACUCCCAAAUAUCAAUGGCUUGACUCACCCGUAGAAUACGGAAGUCCCCAACACAACGUUGUCAUCCCUGGUCCCUCAUCUUCUUCCUCCACCGGCAUUAUUCCCAAGCAGGAACCCUUCAGCUCGUCACAAUGCCCGGACGUUAGUCAACUCAGUCAGCUUACGCCCCAACAGCAAGCGCAGUACGCAGUUCAACUAGCCGAGUACAACCCUUCCACCAGCAAAGGUCACGAAAUUCUGAACCAAGUUUACCAGCAGUGUCCCAUGCCAUUGAAGCUAGUCCCAGUGAAGCCCCGGAAGUACCCCAACCGCCCCAGCAAAACCCCCGUUCAUGAACGGCCCUACGCUUGUCCAGUGGAAAAUUGUGACCGACGAUUCUCGCGAUCGGAUGAACUCACCAGACAUAUCAGGAUCCACACCGGCCAGAAGCCGUUCCAGUGUCGCAUCUGCAUGCGAUCCUUUAGCCGAUCGGAUCACCUAACGACCCACAUCCGGACACACACCGGCGAGAAACCCUUCUCCUGCGACAUCUGUGGCCGAAAGUUCGCCCGAUCAGACGAGAAGAAGCGUCACGCCAAGGUCCACCUGAAGCAGCGGAUAAAGAAGGAGAAAAACAGCCACGGCAGCAGCAGUAGUGCAAACAACAAUACCAGUAGCAGUAGUCAUCAUCAACAUCAGCAGCAGCAACAGCAGCAUCACCACCUGUCGGUUGCCCAGCAGCAACACCACCAUCACCAUCACGCGGCCAGUCUUCAUCCACACCACCUCCUGCACGAAGACAUCAACGGUAUUCCGAUCGUGUCCUCCUCCAGUGCGACCAGCUUGUAGACCGAACUUUCGUCGAUAGACGUUAUGCGUUUGAAUGAUCCCCAGAUAAAGCUUGUUCACGACGAUCCGUUCAUGGGUUACAUUGAAACAACUCCGACGCAGACUGACGCCGGCACAGCGGUUUCCAUCCGCCGUCGUGCUCCGCUGGACUCGAUUGCCGACGGCGAUGACACUCCUUCCGCGGUGGAUGACGAUGUCGACGAAGACGUCGACGUUGGUGACGAAAGCAGUCGACAUUCAGCACCGCCCACGACGCCACAAGCAGCCAACAGCAGUGCUGCCAGCACAAGUGACGUUAGAACUACAGCUGACCCCGCAGCAGCAACAUCCGCUGUCGCCGCCGCCGUCGCCACCACAGCCGCCGAUGCCAACGAUCAAUCAAUAGUGAUUGUUCUCUUGGUCGAGUAAGUAAGGAAGGGCGUAUGCAGUAAGUUUUAGCCACUUUCAAAAACACUCCCGCCUCCCUCCAAAAGGUGCCAAAAUGUCCCCGCCCACGAUUAUUGCUGUUAGCAUAACCAAACCUGAACACGCAACCACAGAUCGUAGAGGAAAACAAAUAGUAAUUGCCAUUCAACGGCAAUUCAAUCAUUCAAUGCGCAAAAUGUCACUCGACGAGAAAAGUGCACACAACAGUGAACAAAAUCAAGGCAAACAUACACAAUUUGCAAGAACAAAACUUCAGCGGGCAAACACACCAAUUUGUUGCUUGAAAAAUCUCGUCCAAACGCGAUGCUUUCAUUUUGGCCAAACUUUAAUCAUUUUUAGAGCUCCAAAAUGGUUUCGAAGUUCCUCAUUUAUCUUUUAACAAUUUGAACAAAAACUGAUCGAAAAUUACAGCCGACAUGAAGAAAUCUAAGCAAAGUACCAAAUCAUUUGUGCUUUUAAAAUUUCGCUAAUAGUAAUUGGAUAAUCGCUGAUUGGAGCAUGUUCCAAUUAAAAGUAAACAAAUGUUACAUUUGAGUUCGCUAAUGCUAUCAGAUGCGUUUAAAUGCAUUUUAGUAUCUCGUUGGCAAUCAUUUGACGCUGCACUUGUAAUUCAAUUGGCGGAUGGUAUUUGCUAACUGGAACUUGAAUUUGUGUAAUUAGCGAUUGAACAAUGUACAUUUGAAUUCACGACUAACAUUUUUCCUUCUCUUUAAAAAAAAUAGAAAAUAAACAGCAAAACAAAAUAAUGGGAUCAGAUUAGUGCAAAUUCUUAAAGACGAGUGUGUUUGCUGAAACUGAACAAAAUAUCUAAUUCCGAGUUCAUACCAAUUGGGUUUCAGUACAACCAGUGUUUGACAGUCUGACUCGAAACGAAUUAAUGUUUCUUCAUGCCGAAACGAUGCUAAGUGGUAAACAAAAUCUACAUCAAAUUAUUCAGUACAACUUUUAAUAUUUUCCAAUCUCUUCACUAUGCACGAAUCAGCCUUUCAUGCACAUGAAAAUUAUCAAUGUUGAAUGUUUUCCUAAAUUUAUUGUAAUCGAUAUCGAUUUGAUCUACGCAGUUCAAUUUUCGAACCUCAAAUCGACCGUCAUCAAAACCCGACUAACCACCAUAUUGUAUGUA